AUGGCCACACCUCUUCUCUAAUACUAACAGGAAGUAGUGUUUCUUAUUCAAGUUCAAAGCAUGACAGCCCAAUAUCAUGUACGUUUAAUUCUUGCUAGAAAUUCAACUAAAUUUGUUUUUCUGAUUUCACGCUUUUAAUGUUUGCUAUUGUGAGACCAAAAGACGGGAAUCGUUGUGUGAUGAGGUGACAAAGGAACCGCUGAAGGUGAAGACAGCACACCAGCAUUAACAUUCUGCAUUAGUGGUCAACUGACACAUAAACACACAUACACACACACACACACACACACACACACACACAGACAGACAGCCAAGGAUAUGUGGUGGUUCCAGCAGGGACUGUGUAUCCUACCAGUUGCUCUGGUAUUAUGGACAACAGCAACAUUCAUCUUUGCAUACAUCACGGCUGUGGUGCUGAGACAUGUGGACCCAUUGGUGCCAUACAUCAGUGACACAGGGACAGUUGCCCCAGAACGAUGUGUAUUUGGAAUCAUGCUGGACGUGUCAGCAUUUUUAGGCGUAGCAACCAUGUACGUACGCUACAAGCAGGUCCAAGCCUUGACAGAUCAGGAGUCCAGACUCCAUAAACUCAACCUCCUUGGCCUGGUGCUCGGUUGGACCAGCUCCUUUGGCAUGUGCAUCGUCGCAAACUUCCAGAAAACCACUCUGUUCUCCAUGCACCUGGUGGGGGCGAUACUGACGUUUGGUGUGGGCGCGCUGUACAUCCUGGUACAGGCCGUGCUGUCUCUUUACAUGCAGCCUCACAUCCACGCAAAGAGCGUCUUCUGGGUCCGACUCUGCAUCGGAGGAUGGACCUUCGCCAGCAUCAUCAGCAUGUUCGUGUCGUCUGUCAUCAUGUACAGCAGCCUGCCUGGAGUGGACGUGGCCCAUAAACUGCACUGGAUACCCGGAGAGACGGGCUACAUCCCUCACAUUGUUAGCACCAUCUCAGAGUGGUCUCUGGCUCUGUCCUUUGUCAGUUUCUUUCUAACCUACAUCAGAGAUUUCCAGAAAAUAACACUGCGAGCGGAGGCAGACCUACACAGUGUUCACCUUUAUGAUUCGUCACACUACAGCAUCACACCCUCUUUUAACCACUCAGAGACAUCUCCAUUGCUGGCAGGGGGCAUCUAGACAGGACCAGCCAUAGUGACAUGGUGGACUGAAGCUGUAUGAGAGCAUAGUGAAAGGAAUGAAUGAGAGUGUGGUGGUUGUAAUCAGGCAGAAACUAAAAAAGCCAUUUCAUAUGGCUGAAACUCUAUCAGAUAUUGUGGCAAUGUCACAAGCCCUUCUAAACUGUCAGGCAUUUUAAUGUCAACUGCACAAUUUUGAAUGACAUUUGGUUAUUUUGUUAUGAGAGCUUCUUGUAUUAGAAUUAUUCUAUUUUUAUUGACUUAGGGGCAUCAUCUAGUAGUUAUACAUUUAAGUAGUCUGAAAAGUAUUUUUUGGAGCAGCAUUGUAGCCUAGUGGUCAAAAGCAUUGGGCCAGUAAACUAAAGGUUGUUUGUUCAAUUCACCAAGCUGACAUGGUGAAAGACCCUGUUGUUCUGACCCUGAGUUAGACAGUUAACCCUAAUUCCAGGUCGUCGCUGUAAAUAAGAGUGUUCUUAGCAUACUUACAGUACCUGUUAAAAUAAAUUAAAAAAAAUAAUGUUCUAUAUCAACCACUGGAUGGUGGUAAAGAACCAAAAUGUUUGGUUCUGCUUGCAAGUCUAAUUUUCAAUGCAAAAAUAAACAUGAGCAAUUUGUUAAUCUCUACUUAAUCA